AGAUCCAAGCGGCAGUCCCCAGGAGCCACCGCCCCCUCGUCGCGGCUCUCGUGCUCUGUGCUGCGUGGAGUCUGCCGCGGCUGGGGCUGCCCGAUGAUCCCCAGCUGGCGGAAGCACGGGCGGAGGGAGGAUGACCUCUCCUUGGGGUCACAGUACGGACCUGGCCCGCUUCUACACUGUCACCGAGCCCCAGCGACACCCUAGGGGCUACACGAUCUAUAAGGUUACCGCACGGGUCGUUUCACGAAGAAAUCCAGAGGACGUCCAGGAGGUAGCCUGCUUAUCCCUGUGAACAUUCUGUUUACCCCUGCUGAAGAGACUGCCCGAGCUACUUGUAUGAGUGUUUGUACUUGUAUGACCGUUUCUUCGGCUGCGUGACAGUAGCAGUUACACGUCAUUCUGCUGAGGAGAUAAUCGUGUGGAGAAGAUACAGUGACUUUAAGAAGCUGCACAGAGAGCUAUGGCAGAUUCACAGGAACGCAUUUCGACACUCUGAGCUGUUUCCCCCGUUUGCUAAAGGGACAGUGUUUGGGCGAUUUGACAAAACCGUAAUUGAGGAACGACGUCAGUGUGCUGAGGACCUGCUGCAGUUCUCUGCCAACAUCCCUGCUCUGUACAACAGCAAGCAGCUCCAGGACUUCUUCAAGGGUGGGAUAAUUAAUGAUGGCUCUGAGUUAAUUGGCCCUGCUGAAGCUUACCCAGACUCCCUGGCCAACACCUUUUCUGAGUGUGGUACUGAAGGCUUCUCCAGUGACAGUGACCUCCUGUCCCUCACUGUUGAUGCGGACUCUCUUGCCGAGGUAGAUGAUGGAAUGGCUUCCCGUCAGGGUUCUCCCAGUAGAGCUUUUGGUCUGAGUGUGUCUUCGGAUUCUUCGGCAGUAGGGGCUGUUGCUUCUGACAUUGAACCAAGCAAAGCAGAAGACCGGGAAAGCCGCAGCCUCUUCCCCAGCAGCUUAAAGCCAAGGCUUGGCAGGAGAGAUUACCUGGAGAAGGCAGGGGAACUUAUCAAACUGGCCUUAAAGAAGGAGGAGGAAGAUGACUAUGAAGCAGCUUCUGACUUUUACAGGAAGGGCGUUGAUCUGCUCCUAGAAGGUGUACAAGGAGAGUCGAGCCCCACGCGCCGGGAGGCUGUGAAGAGAAGGACAGCAGAGUACCUCAUGCGUGCAGAGAGCAUCUGUAGCCUCCGGGCCACAGCCCAGCUUGACACAGGCCCACAGCCUCCAGGAGCACUAAGUUCAAGGCCCCCUUGGAACCUAAGGAGCCCUGCCGAGGAGCUGAAGGCCUUCAGAGUCCUUGGGGUGAUUGACAAGGUUUUACUUGUAAUGGACACAAGGACAGAACAGACAUUCAUUUUAAAAGGUCUCAGGAAAAGCAGCGAGUGCAGCAGGAACAGAAAGACCAUCAUCCCCCGCUGUGUGCCUAACAUGGUGUGUCUGCACACAUACAUCGUCUCGGAGGAGUCGGUGUUUCUCGUGCUGCAGCACGCCGAAGGUGGCAAACUCUGGUCAUAUAUCAGUAAAUUUCUGAACAGAAGCUCCCGAGAAAGCUUGGACAUUAAGGAGGCGAGACCGCCCAUGCCUCCUCGAGUGCGCCUGCAGCAGCCAAGUGCUAGUCCUCAGGGCGGCUACAGUGUUGAGUCCAGAGGGAGCGACACGGGGAGCAUGCUGAAGGUUCUGCCCCUGAAGACUAGCCUCACCCCGAGUUCUCAGGACGAUAGUAACCAGGAAGAUGAUGGGCAGGACAGCUCUCCCAAGUGGCCAGAUUCGGGCUCCAGCUCAGAGGAAGAGUGCACAGCUGGCUACUUAACGCUGUGCAACGAAUAUGGGCAAGAAAAGCUUGACCUUGCGUCUUUGAAUGAGGAGUCUGUCAUGCAGCCUGAAGGGGAGAAUGCUGAUAGCCAAGCUGUUAGGAGCUUCCCAGCAUCCCUCACCGCUGACAGUGCAAGCCCCAGCACCCAGCUCAAGUUCUUCCCUGGAGACGAGGACCUAGAAGCAGUUUGUUCUCCUCGAACAUCUGAUUCCCUCAGGAGGUCGAAAAACAGUCCUAUGGAGUUCUUCCGAAUAGACAGUAAAGACAGCACAAGUGAGCUCCUGGGACUGGAUUCUGGUGAGAAAUUACACAGUCUGAAACCAGAGCCUUUGAAAGCACUCUUUACCCUUGAAGAUGGAGACAGUCCUUCCCAGAGUUUUGAUGCCGGCAAGAGCCAGGGAGAGAGUGAAGCUCAGGACUCCAUCAGCAGGGGCUCAGAUGACUCCGUCCCGGUUAUCUCAUUUAAAGAGGCUGCCUCUGAGGAUGUCUGCAGUGCUGAGGAAGGGAGGCCUGACCUUCUUGUGAAUCUACCUGGUGAACUGCAGCCAACCAAAGAGGCUUCAGCAGUGGACCCUACUAAGUUUUCACAGGCCAGCAUAGGCAGGCUGGAAGCCCCGGAUGUGUUGUGCCUCAGGCUGAGUUCUGAACAGUGCCAUGGCCUGGGACAAGAAGGCCCAGAGGAACUGAGCCAUCCCACUGAAUUCCGUCCUGGUGGUGUGACCCCAGAGCACAGUGCUCAGGCAGAUCUUGGGGUGUUGUUCACGGCUACAGUUGAUCACAGCAGCUCACAAGACCAGUUUCUGUUUUCCAGCUUGCAUUCAGAGUCCGACAGGCUGGGGCAGGUGGAGGGAGCGGUCACUUCACAGGACUUGCAAGAAAGCCGAUUCCACAUUGCUAGUCCAUGCUCAGGUGCUAAAGAAGACAGCACACACACGGACACUGCCACAUCAGAGGAAGUGCUGCUGUUCACAGAGCCGAGCAAAGAAGGAGACUCGGAGGCCAAGGUGCGGAGUGUGGGAGCCGGGGGAGCGGAGAAGGAAGUCCAUCAGAUCUUCGAGGACCUGGACCAGCGACUAGCAGUAAGCGCCAGGCUCUUCAUCCCAGAGGGCUGCGUUCAGAGAUGGGCAGCGGAGAUGGUGGUAGCCCUGGACGCCUUGCAUAGAGAGGGGAUUGUGUGCCGAGAUCUGAACCCAAACAACAUCUUAUUGAAUGAUGGAGGACACAUUCAGCUAACGUAUUUUAGCAGGUGGAGUGAGGUUGAAGAUCUCUGUGACAGCGACGCCAUAGCGAGAAUGUACUGCGCCCCAGAGGUUGGAGCAGUCACAGAAGAAACUGAAGCCUGUGAUUGGUGGAGCCUGGGUGCUGUCCUCUUCGAACUUCUCACUGGCAAGACACUGGUGGAAUGCCACCCAGCGGGAAUAAAUACUCACACUACUUUGAACAUGCCAGACUGUGUUUCUGAAGAGGCCCGCUCACUCAUCCAACAGCUCCUGCAGUUCAACCCUAUGGAGCGUCUGGGUGCAGGAGUGGCCGGUGUUGAAGAUAUCAAAUCUCACCCAUUCUUCACCCCUGUGGAUUGGGCAGAACUGACAAGAUGAACAUCACAUGGAGUGUCCUUACAAGACAGAUCCCCUUGUGACAGGAGUGGCUGGGCUUCAGGCACCCUGCAGCUAAUGUGACAGAGCCUUGGGACAAGGACCCCAAGGAAGUGAUGGGGCAGGAGGCUAACAGAUUUGCUUACACUUCUGUCUGGAAAGGAACUGCUCGCCAUGCCAGCAGCUGCUAUGUGCACAUCUCGCGAUGAGAUGUAACUUAUUCAAGGUUGCAGGCGUGUUGCAGACAAGACUGAAACAUGAGUGCCUGUGGAAUGCCUCUGCCAGGGGGCUGGAACUGCAGAAGGAAGGUUGACGUGAGUCAAGGACCUUGUGGCAGCUGAUGGUGUUUCUGCUAAGCAAGACUGGUUUACACGAUAGCAUCAAUAUUUGCUGAGUAACACUAAAUGUGCUCUGUGGACAGUGUCACCAGUGGACUGGCAAAGCAGAGUGAUGUGCCCAGUGCUGAGCAGGCCGGUUAUCUCUGAGGAAAACCUCUCGCCAGCUUAGAGCUUGCUGGUCGAUGCUGCUAACUGAGGGGCUCCUCUCUCCCCUGCCCUAUUUCCUGCAUUCUCUGCUUCUUCUCUUGGAUUCUGCCUUUCCUACUUCUGUUAACACACAUGCAACGAGAAAGGGAAGGGGCAUUUAUUCCCCAAACUGCCAUCUUAACAGGACUAAGAAAUCAUGGUGUCAAAUAAAUGUGCUAAACCGUG